ACACACAUCACUGCACGGUCCAUGGCUGCUACACUGCUGGGGGAGGAACCGCGGCUGGGCAGCACCCCGCUGGCCAUGUUGGCCGCCACCUGCAGCAGAAUCGGUGAGCCCAGCCCCUCGUGCUCCCCUGCUCUCUCCGAUGGAGCCCCGGGUCUUAUCAAAGGUUUCCAUCCGUGGAAGAGGAGCGCCCCGGGUGCCAGCAGCUUUGGCACCUGUCUCACCUCGCUCGGGGUUUCCUCGGGGACCUCCAGGAGUGGCGGGACCGGGCUGACGGAAGCCUCUAGUGCGUUCUCAGUGACAUCUGCCAACUCUCCUCUAGGAAAUGAUUUUUCCAUGUACCACACCGCCGUGCCAUCAGACAACAGUGUUCCCGACUCCACGCACGCACAGCGGCCUGUGUUUCUGACCAAAUUCCCCUCCCCGGUGGAGGGCAUAGCGGGGAUAUAUCCGAGGAUGCACGGGCAUCCCUAUGAUUCGUGGUUCAAGCCUGUUGGGGAGGUCGGGAACGGGUCUCCUGCUUGGUGGGACAUGGGCACCGGCUGGGUGGACACACAGAGCCCGGCCGGGCUGCCCUCUCCUCUGAGCAGCUACGGCAACGACUACAGCUCCGCCUUCAGCCCCGGUGCCUCUCAGCACCUGCUCCCCGCCGCGCAACACCUGUUUGACGGCUUCAGGCCACCUGCCCCGACUCCCUACACAGAGUCCACGACGACGGCGGCCCCUGCGCUGACAGGAGCACCAGUCGUCUCUCUGCCCGCGUCCUCACGCUCCUCCUCGCGGCGCUACUCCGGUAGAGCCACGUGCGACUGUCCGAACUGCCAGGAGGCGGAGAGCCUGGGUCAGGGGGGCACCAGUCCCCGGCGGAGAGGCAUGCACAGCUGCCACAUCCCGGGUUGUGGCAAAGUUUACGGCAAGACGUCCCACCUGAAGGCCCACCUGCGCUGGCACACCGGGGAGAGGCCAUUUGUCUGCAACUGGCUCUUCUGCGGGAAACGCUUUACGCGCUCCGACGAGCUGCAGCGGCAUUUACGCACUCACACCGGGGAGAAGCGCUUCGAGUGCUCCGUUUGCCACAAACGGUUCAUGCGCUCCGACCACCUCAGCAAACACGUGAGGACGCACAGCGCGGAGGGCGCAGAGGACGGCGGGGAAGCGGGACUCUGUAAAGGCAACAGCGACUCGGACAAUAGCGUCUCCGGCAGCCCGAGCCAGUCUCCGGGACUGAGACCGAGCACUGAGGCACCGAGGGCCGUGGAAUAAUUUACAAAGCGAACAAAGCAACACGUGGGCAUUUGAUCACACUGUACCAGCCUGAGUAUGUUUUCUUGGACACUUAAAAACUGAAAUGGCACUUUAUGGUUGACACUGUUUCCUUACCUCAUCUGUUGUUUCUUAAAAAAAUAUAUUUUUACUCUACAGUUUAUCAAAACCUGUGUUCUUUGAAGACAUAUUAUAUGCUCCUAAUUUAUUCUAUAAGCAUUCUUUUUUUUUUUAAACAAGUAGCCUUACAUAACUCUGUUUUAGCUUGACAGCAUCACAUAAAAGAUAUAUUUAAGGUUAUGUUGUUAUCUUAAAAUAUGUUUGGAAUAAGUUGUUAUAAUUUAUCGGUGCUUGUAAGUUGUGAUUAUACCUGGUAUCAAUAAAACAGGACCAUUUUGGAUUUUCUUAUUUCUGA